GGCUCGCUCGCCUGUGCUGACUGCCUGCGGCGGGGGCUCACAGGACCGACGCCAAGAUGAUGCUUUCAAGGGCCAAACCCGCCGUGGGCGGGGAAUCACCGCACACUGACAAAAGAAAGAAGAAAGGCAGGAAGAUUCCAAAACUAGAGGAUCUACUUUCGCAAAGAGAUUUCACCGGCGCCAUUACCCUAUUGGAGUUCAAACGCCACGUGGGAGAGCAGGAAGACGACACUAACUUGUGGAUUGGAUACUGCGCUUUUCACCUGGGCGACUACAAGAGAGCUCUGGAGGAAUAUGAAAAUGCAACCAAGGAGGAGAAUUGCAACCCAGAAGUGUGGGUGAACUUGGCCUGCACCUACUUUUUCCUUGGGAUGUAUAAGCAAGCAGAAGCUGCUGGCUUUAAAGCUCCAAAGAGCCGGCUCCAAAACCGCCUGUUGUUCCAUCUGGCUCACAAGUUUAAUGAUGAGAAGAAAUUGAUGAACUUUCAUCAGAAUCUUCAGGAUAUCAAAGAAGACCAGCUUAGUUUGGCCUCAAUCCACUACAUGCGAUCCCAUUACCAGGAAGCCAUUGAUAUAUACAAGCGGAUACUGCUGGAUAACAGGGAGUACCUGGCCCUCAAUGUUUAUGUGGCCCUCUGCUACUACAAAUUGGAUUACUAUGAUGUGUCUCAAGAAGUCCUGGCCGUUUACCUUCAGCAAAUCCCGGAUAGCACUAUCGCGCUCAACCUCAAGGCUUGUAAUCACUUUCGUCUGUACAACGGCAAAGCAGCUGAGGCAGAACUCAAAAGCUUGAUGGACAAUGCCUCUUCUCCCUUUGAAUUUGCUAAAGAACUCAUCAGGCACAAUCUGGUUGUUUUCCGAGGAGGUGAGGGGGCUUUGCAGGUUUUACCUCCCUUGGUUGACGUCAUUCCUGAAGCUAGGCUAAACCUCGUGAUUUACUACCUUCGCCAAGAUGACGUACAGGAAGCUUAUAAUUUAAUCAAGGAUCUGGAGCCGACGACGCCUCAGGAGUAUAUUCUCAAGGGAGUUGUUAAUGCAGCCCUCGGCCAGGAAAUGGGUUCGUUCUGUUCUGUCUUGCAGAGGGAUCACAUGAAAAUUGCCCAGCAGUUUUUCCAGUUGGUAGGAGGGUCAGCCAGUGAAUGCGAUACAAUACCAGGGAGGCAGUGCAUGGCUUCCUGUUUCUUCCUGCUUAAGCAAUUUGAUGAUGUCUUGAUUUACCUCAACUCUUUUAAGAGUUACUUCUACAAUGAUGACAUCUUUAACUUUAAUUAUGCACAAGCCAAGGCCGCAACGGGCAACACCAGUGAGGGGGAAGAGGUUUUCCUCUUGAUCCAAAGUGAGAAGUUGAAAAAUGAUUACAUCUACCUCAGUUGGUUAGCUAGAUGCUAUAUCAUGAAUAAAAAACCAAGACUAGCUUGGGAACUUUAUCUCAAGAUGGAAACUUCUGGCGAGUCCUUCAGCCUCUUGCAGCUCAUUGCUAAUGACUGUUACAAGAUGGGCCAGUUCUACUAUUCCGCCAAGGCGUUCGAUGUCCUAGAGAGGCUGGAUCCCAACCCCGAAUACUGGGAAGGCAAAAGGGGCGCCUGUGUGGGCAUUUUCCAGAUGAUUUUAGCGGGGAGAGAGCCCAAAGAGACCCUCCGGGAAGUGCUGCACUUGCUGAGAAGCACAGGAAACACCCAAGUGGAGUACAUCAUCAGGGUCAUGAAGAAGUGGGCGAAGGAGAACAGAGUGCCUAUCUAAAGAGCUGAGGCCUCGGCCAGGGCCAGCGUCCUCCCUCACACUU